AUGCCUAGCGAGGCGUGCACGCCAUGUCGUGAGCGGAAGCUCAGACAGAAGCGUACAAUCAAUCGACACAAACGCGCCCGAAUCGAUAAUGGUUGUGGCAGCACUAUAAACAGAGAACAGCUGAGCCAACAUCCCAAUAUCAUUACUGAUGAUAACACUUCGUGUCAACGUCUUGAUGGUAAUGGAAGAUUGGAUUCGCUCGCUGAAGCUGCUUCGACCAACGCGCAGAUGGAAGGACAGCAGCCCAGCCUCCCCGCGAUGGGGUUUGGGAUCACCGAUUUAAUCUCCAAUUCACAUCUGCCAGGGUCGUCUUGGGGCAAAGUGCUAGAGUAUCACAACAGUCUCGACGCCCUAGGAAUUCUGGGAGAAGUGCUGGCUGGGCGGGAUUCUAGAAACCUCAUCGCCAUUGAUCGUGGCGCCUCACAUGUACGCCGCGAUGAUGAACUUUGCGGUCUCGACGAGCAUGACAUCAGCUAUUUGCAUAAGAAGGGCGUCUUUGACUUGCCUCCACGCGAAAUUUGUAUUACACCAUAUACUAGCAAGGAACUCAUUGCCCGCGCAGGCUUCACUGAUCAUGCUGAUGCGCAAAAGACUUUUUACCGCAGAGCUGUCUUGUUAUACGAUUUAAACUGUGAAAAAGAUCAGCUUGUCGUGCUACAAGGCUCCCUAUUACUUGGUACAUCGUGGAGAUCUUAUUUCAUUGGAAAGGACUUUUCUUUUUGGAGGUGCAAUGCUGCCCGCAUCGCAGUUAAGAUGGGUCUCAAUAAAAGGCGUAUCGCUGAUGAUCUUGGCGCGAAAUUCUACGCGCUUUUGAAACGCAUUUGGUGGACGCUUUACAUACGGGAUAUCCUGACGAGUAUUUCCGGUUUAGAUAACAUUAGACAUUUACGAGCUGGAGAUUUUGACACAUUACCUCUCACCAAGGAUGAUUGGCCUGAAGAUGAAGCAACCUGCCCGCAGGGUCUCAUCAGUAUCUUAUUCCCUGGAAUCUGGCUCACAGUGCGGUUUUGUCGCGCAGCUCAGCGAAUAUGGACAAGAGCAAAAUUUCUAUCCUUGUUGAUGAUAUCUUUGAAAUGCAUGAUUUAUCGAAGUGCAAGCAAGAACUACCCGCUUGGAGACAUCGAACGCAAUCGAAUGGCCGACUCGCUGCAUAGAGCUAUAUUUGAGCUUGACGCAAUUGUACGUAGAGCCGUCACAUAUCGAGUUGGGCAAUUCUUGCCUACGUCCUUCUCGACUGCUGUUGCUACGCUAGUUGCAUUAUGCACUGAACUGUUGAUAAAACCUGAUAUCGAACCAACCGAUCAGCUGAUGAUCGAGGAAGCCCUGCGCACCGGAAUCGCGUUCCCCAUCGUAUCUCAAGACACGAGGCCAUCCUUAUGA